AUGGUGGGCUGCGGUUUCGGACUCUGUAAAGUCCGUGCGUGGAAAAGAGGGGGCCGAUUUGGCAUUGCCUCGCCCUUAUGUUUUCUCAUCUGUUGUGCCCUGCUGUUAGCCAUUCUGUUUUUUGAUUCCAUUGAGUUUUGGGCCACUUCCCUGGGCAUGAGCCACACAGGACCUGCCCAUGGGGGGGUCCUACCUCAAAGCAUACCCCCCACUCGCCCUGAGGAGUACCUCCUCAUGCCCAGUCCCCUUGUCUGCCAGCGUGCCAAACCCUACCUCAUCACUCUGGUGACCUCAGCCCCAGCCAAUCAGAGGGCUCGCCAGGCCAUCCGGGACACUUGGGGCGGGGAGAUCCAGGUCCGAGGCCACCGGGUUCUGACUCUUUUCAUGGUGGGCCAGGCUUCCGACCCUGUUCUGGCCAAAGAGUUAAUACAGGAGGCCCGAGAGCGAGGAGAUCUGAUCCAGGGACGAUUCCAGGACACCUAUGCUAACCUGACUCUGAAGACUCUCUCUAUGCUGGGCUGGGCACGGCGCUUCUGCUCUCAGACUCGCUUUCUGGCUAAAGUAGAUGACGAUGUCCUGUUCAACCCUGCUGCCUUGCUUCGGUACCUGAACCACAGCCAAGGGGAACCCGUGAACAAUAAAGUAGACCUCUACCUUGGGCGUGUCCACAUGCAAGUGAUGCCAGAUCGAAACCCCAACAGCAAACACUACCUCUCCGAAUCAGCUUUCAGAGGGACUGUGUUUCCCGACUACUGCAGUGGAACAGCUUACGUGCUUUCUCGGUCGGCCGUGUUAAAAAUCUCAUUAGCUGCGGCCGCCACAGCUUUGCCCAAGCCGCUGCCUCCUGAAGAUGUGUUUGUAGGUCUGUGUGCCCACAUGGCUGGCAUCACGCCAACCCACUGCCCCCUUUUCUCAGGCGGACCUGCUGUGCCCUAUGGACGCUGCUGUUACCAGACCAUGGUGUCUGUCCAUCACAUCAUGCCCAGGGAGAUGUUACAUUUCUGGGAAGAUGUCCACAACUCAGCUCCCUGCUCCUGGUUGGGUGUGCGGGUCUCUCUGGGUUUCUGCAAGGUGAAAGCAUUUGUGAGAAACCUGUUAUAUAGAUAG